AUGUCAGUACAAGUAUUUGUUUAUCCUCACAAUAUAAGUACGUAUAUAGAUGCCUUUAAUAAAAAUCCUAGUUAUGAGACAGCUGUCAACCUAGCAGGGUGCAUUAGUCCCAUUAUUAUUAACAAUUAUCCAACUGAUUUUUGUCUUAGCAUUUCUGAAAGGUUGCUAUAUCAAUUUUGCAAAGCCAAGGGCGAGAAAGAUAGGCUAGAUUAUAUAUAUUUUUCAUUAGAUCACUAUAUUUAUUAUUUAAGAGAUCGUUCAGACUCUUCUUCAAAGGAAAACUUGGUUGAUAAGAUAAUAAAUGGAACUGAUGGAACAGAUCCAUUUACAUUUUCACAAGUUGAAUAUCCUUUAAAAUAUAUUGAAGAACAUUUUAAUUUAAAAUUAAUUCAUAUGGCAGCUCAAUUACUAACUAUAUAUAUCAUCAACAAUUGCCUCGUUAUUGAUAACAAUGUUGCUUACUAUAUCGAAAAAAUACUCCCUUUUGUCAAAUUAGAAAUUAAAAAAAAAUUAGCAACUAAAAUUAUACCUCAAGGAAAGAUUUCACAGCAACACCAAUCUAUACAGAUGCUAUGCUACCUUCUUGCAAGAUAUACUUCCGAUAGAAUUCCAGAAUUAAAAGAAUAUAUUUCUAAUAAUCUCAAAGAAUUUCUCAAAAACAAAGAUUUAAUAUCUAUUAUACAAAACAUCAAAGAUAUCAAUAAAAACGAUUACCAAAUCGAAGAAUGCGAAGUUUAUUCAAAAGAAAUUCGACAAAUUCUAGAAAUUUACCAACUGUUUAACUUAGAUGUUCCGAAUAAUUACGAAGCAACUAUUAUUGAAUUUAUUAAAAAAGCAAAAAAAUAUAAUUUUAUUAAUGAACAAGACAAUUUAUACAUAAUUAAAGUAUUUCCAUCACUUAUUGAUAAGGGAUCAUUAAUUUAUUUAGAUUCGGAAAAAAUUAUUGAAUUAUUUGUAAAUCUUCCUUCUGAAGGUUUUGAACUAAAACCAUUCUUUGAAGUUAUGAAAAACAGAGAAAUUGUUGAUGAUACUAAUUUAUCAAUUGUUUUUGACAAAAUUCUUUCGAAUAUGGACUACAAAACUGAAGAACUAUUAAUAGAUUUCGCUUUAAACCACGCUGAAGUACAAAAACCAUUAACAAAUUCAAUCAAAAAUUUUAUUUAUAAUUAUGAUGUUGAAAAAAUGAAAAUUAUGCCAGUAUUUAUGAUUACACGACUUUAUCCUAUUCUAGAAAAACCAUUUCCUGAUGCAGAUUUGGAAUAUUUGAUAUAUGAUUCAUUGCCAUCUUAUUAUAUUUUAUCAAACUUAGUAAAUUUAGGAGAAUCAUAUAAAUUAUCGUAUCCAGAAAAGCUUGUACAGUUUGUUCCUCCAUCUCCGGCUCUUUUUACUUACUUAUCUAACCAUGUAACAGAUUAUUCAAAUAUUAUUAGUUGGUCGAUCGAACAAACUUGCGAAUAUAAAGAAUAUUUCGAUCUUCUUAUCAAUAUAUGGCAACAAAACCAAGAUCCAAACAUUGCUUGGAAAAUUUAUCAAUUAUUUGACGUUUUUGAGAGAGAAUGCGAUGAUAGUAUCCUGGAAUCUAUCCAAAAUGCCGAACCAAAUGUUAUUUUGGAGAAAAUGUGUAGUAAUUCAGCUGAAUUUCUUGCAUCUUGGCUAGAUCUCUUUGAUUUAUCAGGAAUUGAUCCGAAAUAUCUUUAUAACAAGCUAAACGAACAUCCAUACUUACUGUUCUUGGCUAAUAGACUGGAUGAAAAGUUUAAUUUCGUUUUUGAUCAAAAAUUAUUUUCAGAAAUGAAGAACAAUAGCAAUAUUUUUAAAGCAUUUAUACUAGAUUCUGCCCUUCAAAUCGCUCCUAAUGAAUGGUGGAACUUAAUUAAGAAAAAUCCAGAAAUUCUAAAAUUAAAUUUCACAGAAAAUGAUUUUAAGAAGAGUAUGAUACCGAUAUCAUCAACAAUAUGCAAUAUAUUCCUCAAAUGUCUCAUGAAAAUUGAAGUAACUCCUGAUUCUGAUUUUGCCAACGAUAGUUUUAUUCUUGGAGUCAAAAAUCUAUCAAUGGAUUUAUGUGAUGUAAUUGUAGAUUACAUAAAAGUUGAUGAAAGGAUCCUAGAAUGCGUUUUUUCUCAGGAUAAUGAACAAGUAUGUUAUGUUUUACUGGAUCACUUAGAUUUGAAGGAAUUAUCUGUCACUGCAUUGGAAUAUGCUUCAAAUGCUACAUUGAUUCCUUUGGUAGAAAAAGAAAGACAAUUUAUAUCGGAUGAAAAUUUGAUCAACAAGCUUCCUUUCAUUAAACGGAAUGAAAAUUAUGAAAAAAUUGUAAGUUUUAUUAUUGAAAGCAUCGCCAAAACUCAAGAAAAUUAUCUUUCAAUUUUUGAUCUCUUAUUUUCCACAAAAUUUACAAAAUUUAACAGAAAAUCUAUCGCCAAAAUCAUUUUCAAGAAGCUUCCUGAUGCAAGAUGGCUUGAUUCUUUUCUUAAUUUACAUGAUUUUGGAUCAUUCUUGCGAGAACAUGCUAUUCCUGUUAUAGACACAAUGAACCAAUAUCUUGUUCCUUCUAUCCUUGUUCUUUCGACGAUUCCUUUCGUUGUAAAUAAUUUUGAUGAAAUUUCUCCACUUUCUAGGGCUCUUCUUCAACUUUCGCUAACACCAUCGUCUCGUGUUAACAUUUAUGACUUAGAUCUUUCAAUGAUCAAUAAUUUUCCCGACUUUGAAACAACGUUUUCAUAUCUCUUGUCAUUAAUCCCAAAUAACGGAUCGUUUGAUUUCAUACAGCAAUUAUUAUUAGAUGAAUUUUCAUAUCAUUUUCGAGAACUCACAAAAUCAAAUUUAUUAUUUUUUGAAUUAAAAUUCAGCGAGCCAAAUAAGGACUUUUUGACGACUGUAUUAAACACCCAUAUCAAUUUCAAAAACGACGAUAUAUUAUCUGAAGAAUUGAAACGUCAAAUCGGUACAACAACAUCAGCCAAGUAUAUUUCUGCUCCAAAGGUUAUUUGUUACAAGUUAUCUGGUGAUGUUCCCAAUGGAAUGACCAUUCCUCAGGAAAUUUCAAAUCCAUAUUGCCUUGUUUCCACAAAUUAUCAACUGUGCGGCUACAUAGCUCAAGACGAAUCAAAUUUAUCAACAUAUAUCAUUUAUAACCAUACUUUACUGAAAUUUAAUUCAGUUAAAGUGGAAAUUAGGGAAAAUACCGAUAGUUCUGAUAAAGUCCUAUAUGCAUUUUACAUUAGAGAAGAUUUAGCUAAUCAGGAGAUCAAACAUCAGCUUCAUUCAAGUGAAGAUUUAGUAAAUUCUUCAAUUUCAUUUUUGCUUUCAGAUAAGGAUUCAAUUGAUUGGUCGGAUAUGAAAGACAAGCCAAAUGCUGAUCAAUUAUCAAUAACUUUGAAGAAACAGUAUUAUAGCUUCAAUUUGUUUAAUUUACUUAACGAAAACACAAAAGAAUCUUUUGAUUCGAACGAUCUCGAACAUCCCACGAAUAACAUUCUUAAUAGACAGUCUACUUCCAAUUAA